AUGAGCACUCUUGGCAAGAAAGCGUGGUGGACCUUACCUGAAAACUUUCAUUCUCCACUGGUAUUUUACAUGGAAGAAGACCUAGAGAAGCACAUAUUCGGUCAAGGAGAUAAAUACCUUCAUAGUAUUGAGGUGCACAGCCACACCCUCAUUCAGCUGGAGCCGUGGUUCACAGCCACAGGCCAGACUCGAGUUAUAGUCGUUGGACCACCUAGAGCAAGAAAGUGGCUGCUGAGUAUGAUCCGGAGUUUGGGGAGCCGGGAUUCAUUCUGUCAGGACCAAGGCCUGGAGAUGUUACGGCGUGUCCGGAGCCAGCCCCUGACCAAUCAGGAACUGAUUGGCACCACCAUCGUGGAAUCAGAUACCUUGUGCCUAUCAUUGGCCGUCAGAAUGAGUGGGGCCAUCUCAGGGUUCCCCUUACCAAUUUCAUGGUUAUUUUAG